AUGCUUAUAAAUACAUCAGACGAUAAAUAAAUUAACAUUCCUAUACCAAUUUUAUAAAGGUUUAGUAAAACAAAUUCAUAAAUUCAAGGUAAAAUCUUAAAUUAUUAUUCAAGAAAACCCAAGAAAUAAGAUUAUUUUAAAUAUCAAAGUAGAAAGUUCGAUAGUAAAUAAAAGUAUAGAGUUUCUAUAAAAAUUAUUAUCAAGUGAUAUUUCUAUAAUUCCCAAACCUAUACCAAAUGGUAAAAUAGAAACUUAUUUAAAUGAAACAGAAUGUAAUUUCUUAAAAUCAAUAUCACCUUUGGAAAGAUAAACAAUAUUAAAAUUUGCAGAUGAUUUAAGCUUUGAUCAUUUAUCUAAUUUAAUGUUAGCUUCUUUUGCUUGUGAAUUUGUUGGCUGCACAACUUAAGAAUUUUUAAAAAAAUGCAAUAUUAAUGUUGAAUAUACACCAGAAUUAGAAAGAGAUAUAUAAAAGCAAUUCGAUACAAUUAUCAAAAGAAAUUGAUGGAAU